AUGGCCACAGUAGCUCUGUCUGUUAUACAACGGGCCAUCACCAGUAUUAUCAACCGGACACCAUCUCGAUUGUUGAAGGAAAUAAUCUUAGUGGAUGAUUUCAACUCAAAUGGAGAACUAAAGGUACACUUGGAUGAGAAGAUUAAACUUUACAAUCAGAAGUAUCCGGGACUACUGAAAAUAAUAUGGCACCCUGAGAGGAAAGGUCUUGCUCAAGCCCUCAACAGUGGCUGGGAAGCUGCCACAGCAGAUGUGGUCGUCAUUUUGGGUGCUCACAUUGAAGUCAAUGUUGGAUGGGCAGAGCCAAUCUUGGCUCAGAUUCAGGAAGACCACACCGUGAUUGUGUCUCCUGUGUUUGACAACAUUCAUUUAGACACCUUUGAACUGGGUAAGUAUCAACUGGCAGUUGAUGGGUUUAACUGGGAACUCUGGCACCUCCAUAAUGCACUGCCACAAGCCUGAAUUGAUCUGCCUGAUGUCACUGCCCUAGUGAAGAGUCCUUCAAUCUUGGGCAUCUUGGCUGCUAACAGGCUCUUCCUGGGAGAGAUCAGGUCUCUGGAUAGUGGAAUGCUCAUCUGAGGAGAGAACAUGGAACUUAGCCUAAGGGUGGAUACAUUUCCUUUCACUUUAUGGGACAAAGUAGAAAUGGAAAUAGAAAGGUAG